GGCCUCCGGCUCUCACGGGAGGCUCCGCGACAAUCGUUCUAAGCAGGGACCAGGCUGCCGAGGCCGGCAGGAGUGAAAAUCAUUCUUUGGCAUGAAGUCCAUCUUGGCCACUAUGCUGCUAUUCACCUGGGCUGCAGGGCAUUGAUCUGUCACCACCUGUUAUCACCAACGUUUGAAGCUUUGAUGAACUCCCCAGCUGUUUACUGAGUGAACAUUGCCUUAAAAGAAUUGCUGUAAGCAGCUAAAACAGCUCGGUGACAGUGGGAGAUUAUGCCUGAAGAACUCUGAAGGAGCCCUGGCUCCCGUGGCAGCUCCAGGACGCGAUGCUGGCCCAGUUAGCGCCGAGCCUCUUUUCACUUUCUUCAUGACAGCAGCAGCAGCACAAAAGCUUCUAAAUCAACCAACAGAUGCAUGGGAAGACGACCUCUCUGAAGAGCCCUGUGUUCUGCACAGAGAAACUGGAGAGGGUCCCAACGCCCCAGGAGUCCAGUCUUCACUGGCCAGGAGGCUUGAAGGGUGAAGAGAUUAAGAAGUACAGUCGAGAAGGGACACUGCUGAGUAAAUACAACCAGCAAUACCAUAAGCUGUUCAAGGAUAUCCCCAUGGAGGAGGUGGUUCUCAAAGUGUGCUCCUGCGCUCUCCAGAGGGACCUCCUUCUUCAGGGCCGGCUCUAUAUCUCCCCCAACUGGCUCUGCUUCCAUGCCAGCCUCUUUGGCAAGGAUAUCAAGGUGGUCAUUCCCGUGGUGUCUGUGCAAAUGAUCAAAAAACACAAGAUGGCACGGCUCCUUCCCAAUGGCCUGGCCAUCACCACCAACACUAGCCAGAAGUAUAUUUUUGUGUCACUGCUCUCCCGGGACAGUGUGUAUGACAUGCUGAGGAGGGUCUGCACUCACCUACAGCCUUCCAGCAAGAAGAGUCUGAGUGUAAGAGAAUUUCCAGAGGAACCUGAGUGCGAGUCUCUGGAAGUCCUCAUCCCUGAGAUGAAGUGGAGGAAAGUGUGCCCUGCCUCUAGGUCCCUGUCCCUCCCAGACAGCAUCCCUUGUAUGCCUCGGGCAUCCACGGACUCCCCGGACAGCUUCUUCCCCUCCAGGAGACCUCCGCGGUCUGAGAAGGCUGUCUGUGAGCAGGAGGCGCUGGAGGAGGAGCCCAGGAGCAAUGAGGAACUGAGGCUCUGGAAUUGCCGGCUCCUCAAGGUCUUCUUUGUGCUGAUCUGCUUCUUGGUCAUGUCCUCAUCCUACCUGGCAUUCCGCAUCUCCCGGCUGGAGCAGCAGUUGUGCUCCCUGAACCGGGAUGGCCCAGUCCCUGGGAACAGGUGA